GCGCCUCAGGUUUGCUUGAUAAACCUCAGCUCCUCAAACCACCAGUUACUCCAGCACAGCAGACACCAGUCGCUCCAGUACAUCUGCGCUGGCGACGGACACACACACACGGUUUCACAGAUCAUCAGUUCUGUGGGAAGCAAGGAAAGAAGAUGAGACAACUUGGAAACUAAAAGGAAACUGUCGUUGGGAAGGAGCAGUCUUACGCCGGACAAUUCCACUUCAUUUUCUCCUGGAGAUUAAGCCCGACCUUUCAAGCGAUGGAGCGCUCUCACCUGAACAACAGCUCCGGCUCGUGGUUAUUCGAGGAUCCCGUCUGUCCGACCUCUCUCAGCAGCACCACCUUCCUCAUCGUGGCGUACAGCACCAUGCUAGCGGUGGGCCUGGUGGGCAACACCUGCCUGGUCUUGGUGAUCACCCGACAGAAGGAGAUGCGCAACGUGACCAACAUCUUCAUCGUCAACCUCUCGUGCUCCGACAUCCUCGUUUGCCUGGUGUGUUUGCCGGUCACCAUCAUCUACACCCUAAUGGAUCGAUGGAUUCUGGGCGAAGCUUUGUGUAAGGUGACGCCGUUCGUCCAGUGCAUGUCCGUGACGGUUUCGAUUUUCUCCAUGGUUCUCAUCGCCUUGGAGAGACACCAGCUCAUCAUCCAUCCCACCGGCUGGAAACCAGUCGUCAGACACUCCUACCUGGCCGUGGCGGUGAUCUGGAUCAUAGCGUGUUUCAUCUCCCUUCCGUUCCUUUCCUUCAACAUCCUCACAAACUCGCCCUUCCACAACCUCAGUCUUCCCUUCAACCCCUUCAGCGAUCACUUCAUCUGCAUCGAGCAGUGGCCGUCCGAGGGCAAUCGGCUGACUUACACCACCACGCUUCUGCUGUGCCAGUACUGCUUACCGCUGGCGCUCAUCCUCGUCUGUUAUUUCCGCAUAUUCCUGCGUCUCAGCCGACGCAAAGACAUGGUGGAACGGGCCCGAGGCGGACGGCAGAAAAAGGCCAAAGGCUCGAAGCGAGUCAACGCCAUGCUAGCCUCGAUCGUGGCGGCGUUCGCCCUGUGUUGGCUUCCGUUGAACGUUUUCAACACUGUUUUCGACUGGAACCACGAGGCGAUUCCCAUAUGCCAGCAUAAUGCUAUUUUCUCCGCUUGUCACCUCACCGCCAUGGCGUCGACGUGUGUCAAUCCGGUGAUCUAUGGAUUCCUGAACAAUAACUUCCAGAAGGAGCUGAAGCUGCUGCUUUCCAGAUGCCGUUGCUGGGGGCCGCCGGAGAGUUACGAGAGUUUCCCUUUGUCCACGGUCAGUACGGGCAUUACCAAGGGCUCCAUCCUCAGCAAUGGCUCCACGAGCACCUAUCAGCCACAAAAGACGAACAGUUUGGAACAGAAAGAGAGCAUUUAAACGUGUCCAAUGACACAUUUUACGAUUCUUCGAGGUGGCUUGAGAAUACGGCCAGCCAAUCUGUGCACGUUUCGUGGCUGAAUUUGAGGUUCAGAAUCUCACUUUGGACAGUGAUAUUUCAAGAUCGUGUUCCUUAAAGAUGUCGACUUUAAAUAUGGAAAUGGUCUGAAAAAACAUUAAGAAAGGGUCUUGUAGCUGGGCUCUGAAGAGGAAGACAAAGUAUGUUGCGUUCAUGCUUUAAAGGAUUAGUUCACUUUUAAAAAAAACUUUUUCUGAUCAUUUUCUCACCUCCAUGUCAUCCAAGAUGAC